AUGACAACUCUUCACCUCCAACCCACUGACAACCGUAUCCAGGGUCGCUUGGCUCUCGUAACCGGUGCAAGUGGCGGCAUUGGUUCAGCUUCUGCUAGUGCCUUGGCUGCCGAGGGAUGUGAUGUCGCUCUGCAUUACUCUUCUAGCAAGAACAAGGUUGAGACACUCGCCCAGGAGCUUCGAAGCAAAUAUCCAUCACAGCUAUUUGUGACAGUGGCAGCUGACCUGAAAUCGCGUGACUCAACGCGUAACCUCGUCUACAAUGUCUUAAACAAUGACGAAGUUACUUCCAAGCACAAGGCAAUUUCAAUUUUGGUUGCCAACGCCGGACUAGGGCACCGCAUCCGAGAUGUCAAGGACAUUCAGGAGGACGACUGGGAUGCGAUGAUGGAAGUUAACACUCGCAGCCCCUUCGUCAUCACCAAGUCGUGCCUUCCUGGAAUGAGGGCCCAGUCAUGGGGCCGUGUUAUCUUAAUUGGAAGUAUAGCGAGUCGUGGUGGCGGCCUCAAUGGCUGCCAUUAUGCCGCUUCGAAGGGUGCACUUUGCUCUAUGGGCUUAAAUCUGGCCAGCCUUCUAGCUCCUGAAGGUGUCACGGUGAAUACAAUCUUACCCGCCAUGAUUGGAUCAACUGGAAUGAUUUCUCCACCAAAGUCUGAGAGCUGGGCCAAGGGCUGCGAUCUAGAGGCGCUCAAGGCGAUUGACCCCGGCCUGGCGAUCGCGGCAGGCAUCCCGGUUCAUCGUUUAGGAACUCCAGGAGAAGUAGCUGGCAUUGUCACUAUGAUGUCUAGUACUGGAUAUCUAACCGGCCAGGAGGUUAUUCUGAGCGGAGGACUGAAAUAG